AUAAACAAAAGCCACCCUCCUCCAUCACCUCUCAUCUCCAAAGAUACCCUCCAUUUUUAAUAUAUGCCAUUAUAAUUGUCAAUAGUAAUUCUUCCUCCAAUGUUUUUGUUUCCCGUAUGCAUUGAUUUUUGUAAACCUUUCCUUGACCUGUAAUUCAAUAUCAACUUGGGGCAAAGUUUUGGAAGAUUUGGGGAUAUGAAAUCUGGUCAGAUCUUGCUUUGUGGGGUGUGGAUUUUGGUGGGUCUUUUAUCAUUACAAACCCCUCUUGCCCUUCUCCUCCAACAACAAUAAGAACCCCCUCCCCCAUAAAACGAGCACCAUAAGAGAGCAAAAUCUUUCAUCAUCAUCGUCUUCUUCUUCUUCUUCAACUCACAUCUUGUACUGUCCUAGCUAGACAUCAUUGGACCUUGGAAAUUCUUUUGAGUUUCAGCAAAUGGCCAUUGCUGCAGCAGAUCAGUCACAGUUCCAUGUCCUAGCUGUUGAUGACAGCCUCAUUGACAGGAAGCUCAUUGAGAGGCUCCUCAAGACAUCCUCAUAUCAAGUUACUACAGUUGAUUCUGGUAGUAAAGCUCUUGAGUUCCUUGGUCUGGUGGAAUAUGAACAGAGCAGCUCAGAUUCUCCGUCCAUCUCAACAAACACCCAUCAGGAAGUUGAGGUGAAUCUUGUAAUCACAGAUUACUGCAUGCCGGGAAUAACAGGCUAUGACUUGCUCAGAAGAAUUAAGGAAUCUUCAGCACUGAGAGACAUACCGGUGGUCAUUAUGUCAUCUGAGAAUGUCCCAUCAAGGAUAAACAGGUGCUUGGAAGAAGGGGCAGAGGAGUUCUUCUUGAAGCCAGUGAGACUAUCAGAUGUCCACAGGCUGAAGCCCCACAUGAUGAGAACUAAAUUCAAGGAUCACCAUGGCCAAAAGAAGAGGGAAGAAGAAGAAGAAGAAGAAGAAGAAGUAGAUCAAGAGGAAGAAUCGGAGAGGAGGCCCGGAAUCGAAGCCCCUCUGCACGAUAAACAUCAGCAGCAGUUGCAGCACCAGAACAGCAACAAGAGGAAGUCCAUGGAAGAAGGGCUCUCUCCUGACAGGACAAGGCCCAGAUAUAGUGAUGUUGCUGCUGUUGUCUGAUCAGUCCUGACCAGGGGAGGGGUCAUCAUUAGAUUCCUUACCAAUUUUUUUUUUUUCUCUUUGUCCCUUUCUGCUGGGUAGAUAGAUCGAUGAUAGAUGAGGAAGAAGAAGGAGAUCAUCAAGCUAAGAAGGGCUAAAGGGCAGAGGUCUUAUACAGUGGAUGAAUUUGUUGUAGUGGUUAAUCCUUUUAUGUAUGUACACAUCUCUUCACGUGAUAAUAGUUCCUUCCAAUUUUGUUCUGCUGAUAUGGCCACAGAGAGAGAGAGAGAAAAAGAGAGAGAGAGAGAGAGAGAGAGAACAGGACAUGAAAAAGAUGAAACCUUUGAAGUUUGUACUUGGUCUUGUGAAUUAACUGAUAUAUAUUCUGCAGCAGCAAAACUGAUCAUAAUCAGAGAUUUCAUCUA